AUGUCGCAGAGCGCCGAGCACCCGCACCCAGGGCCUCAGCAGCAGGCUCAGGCCCCAGUCCCUCCUCCGGCUCCUGCAGCCCUCUCUGCUCCUGCAGCCUCUCAAGAUGCCAGGUCGGCCAGUGUCGCCGACCAGUCAGCCAUCAACGCGUAUGACAUGAUGUUGCAGGAGAAGGAGCGAGUGAUUCUCCAGAGCAUUGCAAAAAAGCGUUCAAAGAUACAAGAGGUCGAAAAGCAGCUGUCCGAGCUGCAGCUGGCGCUGCAUGUGAAUGUGGGGCCCCGCCGACAGGCGCUAGAGCACCUGCGCAGCUUGAUCGAGCAGCAGAAUCACCAGCUGGACGCUGCCCGCACCAAUUUUAGGAAGGCUAAGCAGGAGAUGGAGCACUGGCAGAAGCAGAUGGAGGAGGCGCAACAGCGCAAGGAUCUUUUGGCGGGGGAGCUGAACACGCUCGUGCAGCAGAGUGCUGGCGCGCAGCUAAAGAAGCUGGAGCAAUUGAGCGAGGAGCUUGAACACCUGACAGAGGGCACGGCCGCAGACAUUGCUGCGGCAGCAAAUGGCCGGCGGCACACAUCAGGCAAUGGCGAGGGCGUUAUGGAGCAGCAGCAGCAGCAGCAGCAGCAGCGCCGCCUGCAGCAGCAGCAGCACCAGGCUGCAGCCGACGCGCGGGGGCGACAUGUGCAACUUCUGCCUGGACGGAAGGCUGGUGGCGGCAGCGGUCGAGUCUCCGCGACGCGGAUCGCAGCACCGCCCUCGGGCAGCCCUGCAGCUACCGGCCCCUUCCAGGGCUUUGAAUGA